CCCAGGGAAAGGAGCGCGUCCUAGCCGCGCUUGCCCGCUGGGAAUUUGAAUUCGGCUCUAAUACUUGGUUGUGAUCGCCAUCCUCGCUCAGCUCUGCAGUGUUGUGGGUGACUGAAAUCCUAAAAGACAAAAGAGUGUGAGAGGACCGGGGAGAUGGGCACAGCGAGGUAGGCGCCCGUGAUUGUUACGUCAACAGCGGGGAAGUUCUUUGGCUUGUUCGGAUCUUCUCUCCAAGUGAGGCGUGAUUGUGCAUUCACGAUGAGUAAUAUCUACGAGUCUGCAGAGGCCACGCUGGGCUUUAUCAGCUCUCCAUGCCUAACCAAAGUGGAGCUGAGAGUGGCCUGUCGGGGAAUCUCAGACCGAGACGCCCUCUCCAAACCCGACCCUUGCGUGGUUUUGAAGAUGCAGUCUCAUGGCCAGUGGUUUGAGGUGGACCGUACAGAGGUGAUCCGCAGCAGUAGCGGCCCAGUCUUCUCCAAGAUCUUCCUGGUGGAUUAUUACUUUGAAGAGGUCCAAAGGCUUCGUUUUGAACUUCACGACAUCAGCUCGGGCAACAACGGCCUCCGUGAUGCUGACUUCCUCGGGGCCAUGGAGUGCACCUUGGGACAGAUUGUCUCACAAAGAAAACUCACCAAAGCCCUUCUCAAACAGGGAAAUACUGCUGGAAAGUCUUCCAUCAUGGUGACGGCGGAGGAGCUGUCUGGUAAUGACGACUACGUUGAACUCUCCUUCAGUGCUCGUAAGCUAGACGACAAGGACUUCUUCAGCAAGUCAGAUCCUUUCCUGGAGAUUUUUAGAAUAAAUGAUGAUGGAAGCGAGUCUCUUGUACAUCGAACAGAGACGGUCAUGAAUAACUUGAGCCCCGUUUGGAAAUCCUUCAAAGUUUCCUUGAACACUCUUUGCAGUGGAGACCAGGAAAGGGAGCUAAAGUGCACUGUUUGGGACUGGGACUCUAAUGGAAAGCAUGAUUUUAUUGGGGAGUUUCAGACCACAUUCAAGGAGAUGAGGGCAGAGCAGGAGGGCAAGCAGAUUCAGUGGGAGUGCAUCAACCCUAAAUACCAGAUAAAAAAGAAGAAUUACAGAAACUCUGGUGUCGUCUUUCUUAACCACUGUAAGAUCAUCAAAAUGUAUUCGUUCUUGGAUUAUAUCAUGGGAGGCUGUCAAAUCCAGUUCACAGUGGCAAUAGACUUCACAGCAUCCAAUGGGGAUCCUCGAAACAGCUGUUCCCUUCAUUACAUCCAUCCCUACCAGCCCAAUGAGUAUCUCAAAGCUUUAGUGGCCGUGGGGGAGAUCUGCCAAGACUAUGACAGCGAUAAAAUGUUCCCAGCUUUUGGUUUUGGAGCUUUAAUACCGCCUGACUUCAAGGUGUCACAUGAUUUCGCCGUGAACUUUGAUGAAGACAAUCCCGAAUGUGCUGGAAUCCAAGGUGUGGUUGAGGCCUACCAAAAUUGCCUUCCUAAGAUUCAGCUAUAUGGGCCCACCAAUAUCGCCCCAAUCAUCCAGAAAGUAGCCUCGUCUGCCUCUGAGGAGAUGCACACCAAAGAGGCCAUGGAAUAUUUCAUCCUACUCAUUCUGACAGAUGGCGUCAUCACCGACAUGGCCGACACGCGGGAGGCCAUCGUGCACGCCUCCCAUCUACCAAUGUCCGUCAUCAUCGUCGGCGUGGGCAACGCGGACUUCACAGACAUGCAAAUUUUGGACGGCGACGAUGGCAUCCUGCGGUCUCCCAAGGGCGAGCCCGUCCUCCGUGACAUCGUCCAGUUCGUCCCCUUUAAGGAUUUCAAGCAUGCAUCCCCAGCUGCCCUGGCAAAGAGUGUUCUGGCAGAAGUCCCAAACCAGGUGGUGGAUUACUAUAACGCUAAAGGCAUCAAACCCAAGUGUAUGUCGGACUAUGAGUCAACAAGGACCUUCAGUCCCUGACAAUGGACUGGCUAUACUAUAUACACGUUUACACUAAAAUACAAAUGUGCAUUGCUUACCUACACACACAUGCACAGCGCUUCAUGUAAAUACAUAGACAAUUGUCUAGCUCAGAGAAAUAGCUUGUUCUGGUGAACCAGUUUGAACCCCAUCAAUGACUAUUGCAUGUUUGGCCAUGAUGGCAUUACCUGGGAAUUAUUACUUGUAUAUCUUACAGAUGUUUAUAGAAAUGAGUCUACUGAACCAGCAUGCAGACCUCAGCCUACCUAAAGAAAUGACACUAUACCUUAUUUAUAUAACUAGCAGGUGCAUAGCUCACACAUAUGUGAUGAAUAUAUUCUGAGAACUAGCAUUGCACUUUGUAUUUACAUGAAUAUUAGUUUCCUUGUUAGUAUUUUUGCAUAACGGCAUGCAUAAUUCUGCUAGCAAAUCCCCUGUAGAUGCUUGCUGGUUAUGGAAUAAAGUAUCUCUGUCAUUUCAAUGACAUUCUGGGCUGUUUUUUUUCUACAGAAUGGUUUUUGGGGGCAUAAAUAACUGAAUAAUUGUAAUAAUUUCUUAAUAACCUUCCUAAAUUGUAAAGAGUUUUGCAGGGAUAGAUAGGUGUGUGUUGUAGACACAAAUCUGUGAACUGUUUUUCCCUGUAAACCGCAUGUUGAUGAUAAUAAAGGCAUUUUGCUUUUGUCAUUUUG